AUGAUCGCCACCGGCGGCCUGCUGAGGAUUUCCGCCAGAAAGCAGGAUCCCCUCCGCCCCCCAAGCCAGGUCCCCAAGCGCAAGCGGAAAGCCAAGAAGAGGCGCAAGAACGACGUGGUGGUGGUGAAAGGCAAGCUGAAGCUCUGCUCCAUCUCAGGGCUCAUCGCCCUCUGCGGAAUCCUGGUGCUGCUGGUGGGCAUAGCCAUGGCAGUGGUGGGCUACUGGCCCAAGACCAGCGGGGCCAAUCGGGAGGGGGGUAAGCAGCUGCCGCCCGCGAGCAGUGGCCACCGCGCCGCAACCACAGCCAAUAGCAGCAGCGGCAACAGAAACCGGUCCAGGAGCCACCUGGAGGGUCAGGCAGUUGUCAACUCCAGUUUGGGGGGCGUGACCAGAAGCACGCCUCCCGCUCAGGCCUCCGCCCCCUCCUCUUCCACUUCCUCAUCCAAGUCUGUGGGUUUCUUCUUCCGCGUCUUCUCUGGCUACCUGCACUCUGACAAGCUCAAAGUCUUCGGGCCCCUCAUCAUGGGAAUCGGCAUCUUCCUUUUCAUCUGCGCCAACGCAGUGCUUCACGAGAAUCGCGACAAGAAGACCAAGAUCAUCAACUUGCGGGACCUCUAUUCCACCGUCAUAGACGUGCACAGCCUCCGCGCCAAAGACCUGGCGGCCGCGGCUGCCGCUGCCGCCUCGUCCCCAGCCCCCGUCUCGGUGUCCCCCGGGGCCUCGCCUCUCAACGGCUUCCUCAGCUACGUGCAGUCGCGCGGCCUCGAGCUGAAGCCUGGCAGCAGCAGUGGAGGGGACGCCUUCGGGGCGACGGCGACGCUGGCGAAGGGCGUGUGGCCCCACCCCGCGGCACGGAGCGUAGCCAGGGGCGCCGGACGCACCACGUCCCCUGUGGACCUGGCCUCGUCGCCGAGCUGCCCACACAAGACCCCCAGCCUGGCGGAGGCAGUGUACAGCAUCUGCCGUGAGCGCUCGGGCGUGGCCGGCCGUCGUCAGGCCACCGCUGCCAACGGUAGCAGCAGUCCCGCGCCUUGCAGCCCCCCCGAGAGGUGGAGGCGCUCAAGCACCGCCAGUUCUCUGGUGGGCUCCUCGCUGAGCGCCUUUGCGCUGCUGUCCUUGCCAGGGGACCGCGACGGGGCUGGGGAGGACGCGAGCUGCAGCUGGCCGAAGUCGCCGCCAGGGGAGCGUGGCUCCCGGGAGAUCCCGCAGGGCGAGCUUGACCUGAGCCUGACCAACCUCCGCGGCGCCGGGGGCGGCGCGCGAGGGGCGCAGGGCGCACCAGAGGAGCCCGAGGGCGCGAGGGCGCGGUGCACCGCCACGGCCCAGGGCGGCCGCUUGCCCAGGACCGGCAGAUACGCGGCCCCGCGGCGCGGCAGCACCAGUGGGCUGCCGGACAACCGGGCGCCGCCGUCGCCUGAGCCCCCUCCCUCCCCGAGCAGCGCGGACUUGGACACGAGUCUUUUGGGCAAAUCCACCUCUCCUUCGCCUCCCCAAGGGCCGGAGGACAUGCCCCCCGCUAGGCGGGACUCCCAGAGCUCCCAGUCGGAUGAUCCGUCCAGCAGCAAUAAGGGAUACACCCACCUGCGGGAGGCCGAUACCUCCUCGGAAUGGGUGGUGGACGCAGGAGGCAGCAAAAGCCAAGAGUGUGAGACCUCCACCGCCCCUGUUGUGGAGCAAAGCCCCCCGGAGGAUCGCAGCCAAAAGCCUCCCGUGGCAGAGCAACCUCAGCCGGUCCACAGGCAGUUUACAAAGAAAGAGAAACUCUUGAUGAUUUCCCGGUCUCAUGCCUUAGGAGUUGAAGACGGAGAGCUAGAAAAUACUGGCAUUUAG